AUUCUCACCCAAAGAUUUGUCGUUUGCUUCAAUUUGCAUCAUCAGAACUUCUCCGUUCUGAGCAUCAAGUUCUCUCUCUCUCUCUCCACCUUUUUCUUUCCCAUAAAACUCCUUUGCAUUGCAGCCUCAAGAAUCUCUUUUAUAGGUAAAUAUACUGCCACCCUUUUGAUCUCAGAGCUUAUCCAGCCAUUACAGUCAUGAACAGCAAUCAUAUUGACCUGGUAGGUGGUGGUGUGCAAGAAAGAAAGGGAACAAAAAUAGCCAGAACCAAGAAAAAGCCUAUGAAAGUAGUGUACAUAUCCAACCCUAUGAAGUUCAAGAUAAGUGCAUCUGGAUUUAGGGCUUUGGUUCAAGAACUCACCGGCCAAGACUCUGAAUUGCCAGACCCUACUAAGAUUGUGGACGAUGAUGAUCAUGGUGUCGGUGGAAAUAGUCGAACGGUUUCAAAUGCUUCAAAAACUGUUGUUGAUGAUCACUAUGCACUAGAUGUCCCCACAAAGGAUCCUAGUCAAGAGCAGCCUGAAAGACAAGAUGCUCCAUUUGAGUCUUUCGAUGACGUUUUCAUGCCUCAAAUGUUAGAGAAUGUUGCAGGAAUAAUGCCAUCAAAUUCAUGGUACGAAGCUUACUCAUAUGGAUAUGGUGAGAAGCCUUGCAAUAUAGUUUGAGGUUCAUUGAAUCCAGUUUAGGAAAAGAUUACUGUUAUCUGUCCGGAGAGGAUCGGAAGAGACUGUACAAAGUCCACUGGCUAGCUAGCACUCCCUCUCUCUUCCACACAAGGGCAGAUCACACACACUCUCUCUCUAUUUGGAUGCAUGCAUGCAUGCAUGCAUUUUUUCUAAAUUAUAUUUAUUGUGCCUUGCUCAAGUCCUUCCUAUUUUUAGCCCAGUGGACAAGUGGGAAUGAACUCAUAAGACAUGUAUAAUAGUGGCAAGGUGUCCCACGGCCAGGUUGUUUUGUCGCGAGUGACGUUUUUAUCUGCAGGGUGUGCACGGGUAUUUUCGAGAGAAAAAACUGAGGCAAAAAACCAAAAAACUAGCUCUAGCUCAUAAUAGACCUCGACUGUUCUGAGCAGCCAUCAUACUGGAGUUGGGGAGUUGUUUUUUCUACACUUGCCAGCCACACUCUGUACGUGCCAUGUGGAAUUAGUGAAAGUUUAAUACAAUAUUGGUAGCCACAAAUUCUUUUUUAU